GCUUGCCCUGAACUUAGGAAGGAGAAGGUGAAGGAGAAAAAAAACCCCAAGCCUUCAGUCCUCCCCUUGCAGAAGAGUGAGCGAGGGAGCAGUAUAAAUAGUGCUGCCUCCUUCACUGCCCUGCUGUAUCUUCAAAAACUCCAAAGAGAAUCUUUUUUUUUAGCACUGCCUUCCAUUUCUCUCUUUCUCUCCCUCUCUCACUCACUCAUUUACACUCUCUCUCUCUCACACACACACACACACACACACUCUCUCUCUCUUUACAGCACGUCUGUCUGAGGUCUCUUGAAGCCUCUUUUUCGUUUCUUUCAGAGCUGAGACACAGUCGCCGUCUUCCUCUUCUCUCACUCACUUGCUUUCCCUCCAUCUUUUCCUCCGUUAAUACUCCAAGGAUCCUUUCUUUAGACGUCGACUGACCACCUUGCGCUAUAUCAUCCUCGAGGCAAGCAGUCCGGCCAUCAACGGUCACUCGCAAGAACCAGAGAGAAGGUAGGCGAGGCCACUCCAAACCGAGAACACACACACACACACACACACAUACACACACGUCUGCCACCAUGCUGUGCGUGAAGUUGGCCUUUGCCAUGGCGCUCCUUGCGCCCGCGACGCUGGCGGGUCCCAGCCAGUGUCCGAGCCAGUGCCAUUGCCACGGCGACCUGCAGCACGUCAUCUGCGACAACGUGGACCUCAAGAAGAUCCCUCAGGUGUCGGAGACCACGCGCCUGCUCAACCUCCAGCGCAACAACCUGGGCUCCCUGGCCACCGGCGGCUUCGCCGAUAUGAAGGGCCUUAUCUCGCUCCACCUGCAGCACUGCAAGAUCCAGGAGAUCGCCGGACAGGCCUUUAAGGGGCUCAAGAAGCUCAUCUACCUCUACCUGUCGAACAACGAGAUCUCCUCCAUCCGGCCGGGCGCCUUCGACGACCUGGGCGAGCUCACCUAUCUGUACCUGGACGGCAACCGCAUCAGCGCCUUGGCCAAAGGCAUCUUCGCGCCCAUGAUCAACCUGUUCAUCCUGCAGCUGGACAACAACCAGAUCCGCGACCUGCCCCCUGGCGUCUUCGCCGGCGCCAAGGACCUGCGCUGGCUGCACCUGAGCGGCAACGAGAUCGCGUCCGUGCAGCCCGGCUCGCUGGACGACGUGGAGAACCUGGCCAUCCUGCACCUGGACCGCAACAAGCUGAGCACGUACCCGCUGACCGCCAUGAGCAAGCUGAGGGUGGUCGAGGAGCUGACCCUCUCCAAGAACCCGCUCACCUUCAUCCCAGACAACGCCUUCCGCAGCUUCGGCCGCUACAUGGAGAAACUGCACCUGGACAGCAUGGGACUUCAGAAGUUUGCUGACGGAGCGUUCAGUGGGGUGACUGCACUAAAGACUCUGUACUUAAACAACAACAAGCUCAAGUCCCUCCCGAGCAGCCUAGAGUUCUCCACCAUCACCAACCUGACCCUGGACAACAACGCCUGGUCCUGCACCUGCCAGCUGACCAACCUCCGCAAAUGGAUGGAUUCGAGCCGACAGCGACUUGACGCCGUUUGCUCUUCGCCCUCCACCCAGAGGGGCAAGCAGAUCAGAGACAGCAACGUCUUCAGCCGCUGCAAAGGCAAAUCAAAGAGGGCCAAGAAGGGAACCCGCCAUUAAGCAGGUUGCUUUAUUAGCAUGACUGUAAGAGGUUUAGCGGAGAGAAGAGAGAGUGGAGAAGGUACAAGCCUGUCCAGGUGAUCGGCUACAAUGAAGAGGAACAUUUAAAAAAAAAAAAAAAAACAUGGAAGCAACGCUAGACCUGCUACUUUGAGACUGUCCAUUUCUUACACUUUACAAAACAUAUAAAACACAUGUUUUAUCUCCUGGCAGCAAUGCAUGUAAAAAGUACACAAAGUGUUGCAAUAAAUGUAAAACAUGGGGUCAAAACAGAUUAAUGUAUUCCUGGUAGACAAAUUAAUCUAUAUUUUUCAAUAUUGUGUGCAAUUAAUAGGAAAUAGAGUACCAGUGGACACACACACACACACACACACACACACACACACACAUAUAAAUGUAGCUAUACACAUACAUCUCUGUUCUUCUGACCUCUUGAAGAGAUUGACCAAUCCUUAGAGGCAGCAGCCAUGUAUGUUUGCUUUUGUUUGUUGUGUUGUGUUUUUUUUCUACUUUCCUGUUUCAUUCGCUCCCUCAGAUGCCAGUCAUGCACUUUUACUCCCCCUAGUCUGGGACCCAAACAUCUGUCACCGUGGUAACGCCCACACCUGGUCUCCCAGGUGACCCCAUAUUUUGACCAUAGUGGGACUGCAUGCAGACAGUGAUCCCCGUCCUAGCCAUCACAAAACGUCACAACCUUUGACCUUUGAACCUGAAACGAGUGAGUGCAAUGCAGGAGGCUGGAUACUUCUGAUGAGGGAGGGUGAGACGAAACAGAACAGAGUGGUGUGAGGAGAAGGUUGGGACUGUUACCAGACGCUCAAUAUUAUUCAACUAUCUUUUGAUGUUUGAUCGCUGACUGAAAAGAAAAAAAAAAAAGUUUUCAAAUCUUAUUCAACUCCUAUAGUCUGUAAAAUGAGUAAGUCCAUUGGCAUUGACAUUUCGGGAGAGAAAACUGCCUUUCAACCAUGUUAAUCUAAGUGAAGUAGCCUAAAGCACAACAAAAAUGGCAUGUGUUGUUUUGAUCUAAGUGAUUAUUGAUAUCACCAUGACGACCCUUCACUUAACUCAAAGCAGCUGGCCGUAACUAUGACAACCCCAGCUUAGCUUUUCCUUUCUCUGCAAGGGAUACACAGACUCCCACAGCCUACAGCACGUUUCGUGGCCCAAGUCGAGAUGUUGUCCUUAGGUAAAACGACUGUCUGGUUGGUGGACUAUCAGGGAGGUCUGGUAAGGAGCGGUAUUAGCAAGUCACUGCAUGAGGGCAUCAGUGAGGCAUAUCAACUCUGGGAGCAACCAUACUAAUGACUCUUAUGCAUCCUGUUUGUAUGUUAAUAAGCAUCCUACGCAGACUUGUGUUAGAGGUUGUGUUGCUGUACACUUCCAAUAAACAUCAAAGACAUGAAA